AUGCUGAUCUCCUCGCCGUUACAUUGCACUAAACACAAUGGAGAGAGCAUCGGGGAUGAGCGAGUGGAGUACCUCUUCCUCAUCAUCUUCACUGUAGAGGCGUUCCUCAAAGUCAUAGCCUACGGCCUGCUCUUCCACCCCAACGCCUACCUGAGGAACGGCUGGAAUCUGCUGGACUUCAUCAUCGUCGUCGUUGGGUUGUUCAGUGCAAUUUUGGAGCAAGCAACGAAGGGUGAUGGAGCCACACCGAUCGGAGGGAAGGCUGCGGGCUUCGACGUCAAGGCCCUCCGCGCUUUCAGAGUGCUGCGGCCGCUGCGCCUCGUGUCCGGAGUGCCCAGUUUACAGGUAGUGCUAAACUCUAUCAUCAAAGCCAUGGUCCCUCUGUUGCACAUCGCUCUGCUUGUCCUCUUCGUCAUCAUCAUCUACGCCAUCAUCGGCCUGGAGCUCUUCAUGGGCAAGAUGCACAAGUCCUGCGUUUACAGCCUCACGGGGCUGAACGCGGAGGAGAAACCCGCCCCAUGUGCUCCGGACGGGGGGUACGGCCGACACUGCACGCGAAACGGCUCGGAGUGCAAGAUGGGCUGGGAGGGGCCCAACGACGGCAUCACAAACUUCGACAACUUUGCCUUUGCCAUGCUGACCGUGUUCCAGUGCAUCACUAUGGAGGGCUGGACUGACGUGCUGUACUGGGUGAACGAUGCAGUGGGCUCCAACGGGCCCUGGCUCUAUUUUGUCACCCUAAUCAUCAUCGGAUCCUUCUUUGUGCUAAACUUGGUUCUGGGGGUGUUGAGCGGAGAGUUUUCCAAAGAAAGAGAAAAGGCCAAGGCGCGAGGAGACUUCCAGAAACUAAGAGAGAAGCAGCAACUGGAGGAGGACCUCAAGGGCUACUUGGACUGGAUCACUCAGGCUGAAGACAUUGACCCAGAGAAUGAGGACGACGGAUUGGAUGAUGAGAAGCCCAGAAACUGUGAGUACCAGCUUACAUACAACGUCCGCUAUUUGAGAUCAUAA